AUGCAGAGCGCAAGACAGGGGCAUCUGCGAGGCCUCCUCGCCUGGGUCCUGUGCGGCCUUGUGCUGUGCACCUCGCUGGUGGUUGUGCCCGCCACUUGCACGUCGCUGCACGGGUGGGUGUUUGGGCACCCCCAUGCGCCGGAGCUCGAUGCCGAUUUCGGAGACUUCGCGUCGCUGGUGGAGCACAUGCAGGCCAACGCUGCCGCCGCAGGGGAGGAGUUCUUCCUCUUCGACAGUGGUGAUCUCAUUGAGGGAACUGGGCUGAGUGAUGCCACCGAUGUCCACGGCGAGUACAUCUUCCCGGUGGUGCAAAUGGUGAACGGCUACACGGGCCUCACCAUGGGCAACCACGACAUUGGGCACGACAACGUGAUUGAGUUGAUGCAGAGGAGCUUCAUUCCUCACUUCAACGCGACCUACCUCACCGACAACUCGCUCAUCAAGCAGACCGGCAAGAUGAUUGGAGGGCCGUUCUACUCGUUCCGCACGGCAUUGGGGAUGAACUGCCUCGUCAUGGGCUACAUGUUCAACUUUACCCAACCGGCGCCGAUGGCCGAGGUGACGCCGGUGAGCCAGUCGCUGCUGGAGGCCUACUUCAAGCAGGCCAUGCAAAUCAAGAACGUGGACAUGAUCGUGGUGGUGGCCCACAUCGACCCGACGACGCCGCCCGAGCUGAGCCAGAUCUACGCUGCCCUGCGAAAGGCGCAACCCACGGUCCCUCUCGUUCUCCUCUCCGGCCACAGGCACAUCACCUAUUUCUCUUGGCUGGACCCGAACGCGUUCACAAUGGAGUCAGGCAAGUACUUCGAGGUGGUGGGCCACGUCACCUUCGACAUCGACCAGGAUCACCAGAUCACCCAGUUCCAGCAGGAGUGGGUCAACACCUCGCGCUCCAACUUCUAUUCGCUGGCCAAGAAGAACGCAGGCAACUUCCUCACCGAGCGGGGCCGAAAGACGAAGAACUUCAUCUACAGCGCCUUCGACAAGCUGCAGCUCAAUGUCACGCUGGGCUGCUCCCCCGUCACCCUCUCGCCUGACGCCAGCUACACCAGCUCGGACAGCCUGUACCACUUCUAUGUCAACAACAUAGUCCCUGCUGUGGUUUUCAACACGUCGCUCGGCCGGACGUCGUUCUUCAUCACCAACGACGGCGCGCUGCGAUACGAGCUUUACGAGGGCCGCGUGUCAAUGAACGACGUCUACACGGUGCUGCCGUUCAAGGACACCUUCUACUACUUCCUCCUCACGGGCGAUCAACUCCGUCAGACCCUCGCCUUCCUCACCAAAAACAAGCAACUGCUCAACACGGGUCGAGUACCGUAUGUGAGUCGCCUGCGUGACCACCACAGGAAGCGCGAUAUCAGCGACAGGUUCUUCUUCUCCGACAUCGCAGUCGAGUCCAACCAGGUCUACGCGGUGGUGCUUGCCGAGUACGAUUCCGUCACGCUGGCCAUGGUGCUGCGCCAGCUGUUCCCCGCAGGCAAGUGGGCCGCGUCGCCCUACCCGACGGCCUUCUCGUCCACGUCGGCCCUCCGCGCGUUCGUGCAGGCCCAGUGGCCGUGCCGUCCCUCCUGCCCCUGCGCGUAG